AUGCACAUCACAGUCAAGCAGCCAAACUGUUAUAAACUUAAAAGAGUAGCCCUCGCCGCAGCAACGUUCAUCGAUGGAAACGAUGAGAAGACGAAGUUGAUCAAGCGUACAUUUGUACGCUACGUCGGCUUGAUGCAAAUCCUAGUGCUCCGAGAUAUCAGUCCUCCGAUUUCCCGCAAAUAUAAGAAGUACAAAGACAUCAUUGAUGCUGGCUAUCUGCUGGAGAGCGAACUGGACUAUUUACGAAAUGAGCCGGCGAUUACCAACAAGUUCUGGAUACCUUGGCAGUGGGCCUACUCCUUGAUCCAUCACUGCCGAAUGGCCGGCAAGAUUUCGGCCGACAUGAACAUGGCUCAAAUUCUGAUCGAACUGAUGAAGUUCUACGACUACAUGCGAACUCUUCUCAACUACGACUGGGUCAGUGUGCCGUUGGUCUACACUCAGGUAUGUAAUGAUGGCGUACAUAUCACUUUCGUAGUGAUAAGGAGCAUGAUUACGAAUAUAAUAAUGAGCUUAUAAUG